UGGGAUUCGAAACACUUCGUUUUAUCGGCGUGGUGUGAAAGUAUCGAACUAAAAUUGAUUUGGUACCACAGCUACAUUUUUUUAGCGGUUCUCCGUGGCAAAUUCUGUAACGACUACCUACUCAAUCAAAAAGUCUUUAGUUUACUUUGUCUCGCAGUGACAAAGUUUGCAAAGAGAGCGUAAAAAUAGAGUUGCCGGAUGAUAAUUAGCAUGGAGGGUGGUAACAUACAAUGCAGCAACGCGAAUAAGUUUUCAAACCAAGUGUUGCUAAGCAACUUGGUGAAACAGCAUUACAAACAGCUUUGUGAAACACUACACUUUUAUAUGGAAAAGGGUAUGUUGUGCGAGGGCAGCGUGUAUUAGAACUUAGUUUACCCUGCACACUUAAAAAUUCAACAAAAAUGCUUUGCGCUCUGCGUUACGCGAUUAGAAUUAACGUUACCUGUGUACGUCAUGGGUUGUUGCCCUAGCGUCAAACAUCCCCUUGCCGAAUCAAUAACUGAAGCGUUUAUCCUUGCUAUAGCAACAUUAACACUGCAAAGGCGAUCAAUCUUAGUUGUUUGUUCGAACUGUUUAUACCUCCCUGGUUGCAGUAGAUCGUUGUUGAAUUAAAAGAGAAGUCUACUAAAUAUUAAACAAGAAUGGAUCUCAAGAAAAUCAGUGGAGCAGAGUUUUUGCCUUUAGCAAACGCUAAAAAUAGACAGCUGCAACAAAAGGUACGGGACAAACGAAAUAGACUAGCGCAGGUGCUGUUAGAACUUGAUCAGAACGAGAACAUCAUAAAAACUGCUGAUGAAGAUCUCACGACACUGGAACAAAACACGCAACAAACGAAUGUUCUCGCAAGCAACAUACGGAGUCAAGUCCGCAAGGAACGUGAAACGCUAAAUUUAACAAACAAUGAAAUCGACACCAUAGAACAGGAAACUAAAAAGCUUCAGCAAGCCUUGCAGCAAACCAAAACGAAUUGCCAAUUUCAUAAGAAAAAGCUAGCAGAACAGAAUCUUGCUUUGGAGAGGCUCAACCAAUUCUACGAGGAAGAAGAUAAAUUCGUGGCUGUUAUGGAAAAAAUGGUUGAAUCUCAAUUGGAGGAUCACACUACUCUGGAAAAAUAUUCCCAUCAAGACAACAUGACUAUCAAGGAUUUGGAGAUAAAAUUAGCUAGAACGAGGGAAGAUAUCGACGAAAUAGAACGUCAGUUUAAAAUGGCCAAAGAAGAUCGCGAAAAUACAGCCAUCCAGUUGAACAAGAUGCAAGAAGAAUUUCGAGCCAUGACCGAAGAUCGCGAUCGCAACCUUUUGCAAUGGGAGGCGACUAUAAGCCAACUGGAUAACUGUAGGAAGCAACUUGAUAAAUCUCGAGCCGAUUAUCAAACAGUGAAAGAAUUAGCUAAUGCCGACCAGAAUCGACUUGAUAGUAUCAAUAGGUGCAUUAAGCAGUUCCAGGACGACAUCAGUGGUUUGGAACGGGCUUUUCGUGCUAGGGAACUUGUGGCUAACCAAAUGAAAUUAAAGAUAGAUGACCUUGAUAAAGUACACAGUGAACAGCAAUCCGAGUACGUUGCGUUCGAAAAAGUAGCAAAAAGACUUACAACAGAAAUAAUGUCAACAAGGAAAACUGCGGAAAGCCUUAAACAAAAAAGCAUCGAAGUUCAAGCUAAAUUGGCUGAAGAGCAAGAAAAGUAUAAACAACAGGAAAAAGAGCUGGAGCAGUUCAGGAAGACUGUAGGCUCAGCAAAGGCACAGAAAGAAUCCCUCUCACUUCUAGCAAAGGCGGCGGAUGAGCGCUUUGCGCGCCAUCGGAACCAUCUUAAUCAAAUUGCAAACGAAUUUGCCAGCGUUCAAGCUGAUAUCAGCAAUAUCAAAUCAAAGUUUAACAGCUGUGUCACAGGUGUGCGAUUUAACAUCCAUAGCAUUCGAAACCUGGAGAAUCAAAUAUCUGCCCUUCAACAGAAAUUAGUUCAGCAAGAAGAAUUGAUUUAUAAUAAGAGUAUGGACAUUGUUCGCAUCGAAUUAGAUUUACGAAGACUACGACAUAGCGACGGAGAAUAUGAAGAACGAAAAUCACAACGUGAGCAGAUUGAUGCUUUAAAGUUCGACAUAGAUGCUGCUAAUUCAGUUCUAGUUGCUCUGAAAUACGAACUAUCAAAAACCCAGAGUGAUGCAAUGGGAUUACAGCGAAGCUGUGAUAUUCAACAACAAAAAAAGAACGUCAUGCAAACACUAUCCAAGCAGCUGGAAUCUGAGUGCCAAAGUCGUGAAAGAGAAAGUCGUGAUCUUAGACGGGAUCUUGAGGAACUACGCAUGGGAGAGAGCCUUAUUCAUCUGGAUAUUAAACGUAGAGAGAGCAUGAUUGAAAUGCGCUCGGCGGUCGUCCAACAGCUAGAAAAUCAAAAAAGACACAUUGAAAAUGCCAUCCAAACACGACUAGAAGAAUUAACAAACCAAAUGGAGCUUCUUCAACUCGAAAGUCGUUCGUUGAAAGAACGGAAUCAGCAACUGUUGGCAUCAGUAAACCAAAAAACCGUCGAAAUUGAUCACAUCAAACUACGGUACGACGUAGUGGCCGAUACCUUAGUAAUGGAGAACGGCGUUAAAGAAACAUCCGAAGCGUAUUUCAUCAUCAAGAUGGCUCAAGAAAAAGAAUUUUUGAAAGAAUCUAUAAGCGAUCUCCAGAACGUGAUACAUAGCUUAGAGAGUGACAAUUCGGCUCUGAACGGCACCCUACAAUUGGUAUCCACCGCAAACCAACAUUUUCGUCAGGCUUGUAUUGUUGGUGUACUUACAGAUGACGACAAGGCGAUCAAAAUCCAAAUGGAAAUGGAAGAUAAGCAGUUAGAAAAGAUGGUGGAUGACCGUAAAAAAGACAACUAUCAACAAUGUUAUUCCUUCGAACGCUUGCAAGAUGAAUUACGUGAACUGAAGGAGGAAGCAUAUCGCCUAAAAACUCAGAUUGACGCUAAAUUAAACACUGAGAAGGAUCUGUCGAACGAAAUUGAGCAACUGCAAACCAAAAUUGAUCGAGCAAGAGAUAUCAAUCUUGUUCUGCAAAAAACUGUGCGAAGGUCCAAAAAAACGAAAAGUAAACUCUGCGAAGAAAUUGACUUUGAGAUAGGUCAGAUCCAAGAAAAGUGUUUGAAUGCACAAACAGCAAUGUUUACUCUGUCAGAAAGUGAUCCUGGCAUAAAAACUACUUUGGUUCAAAUUAUGGAAGAAACGGCAGCUAACGAUUCGCUUGAAAUCAAAGAACUCGUUUUGCCUGCACCACCUAAUAAAACACGCUUGGACAUCACAGAUUUUCCGCAUUCCUCGAGUUCAGUUAGCCCACCACUAUCCAUGAGCUAAAACAUCAGCGGAAAGCCAUGAACCCUCCCUUCCAUAUCUAAUGUAUUAGCAUCAUGUUUAGUUUGCUUUGCUCUUGCAAUUGUUGUGGUCGUUUAUAGUUGUAUACUUUUGUGAACAAAACUGAAAUUAUACUCAAAAUGAUUGUGUGGAAAACUCA